UUCAAGCAGUUCCACAAACAAAUAAUUUCUGAGCUGGAGAGGAAAACAGAGAUGGAUGUCAAAUAUAUGACUGUAAGUACAUUAACCACUGUAGGACCUUGGCAAGGGACAAUCGAAUAGUGUGUGAGUGUGUGUGUAUGUAGGUGUCUACGUACAGUGCCUUCGGAAAGUAUUCAGACCCCUUGACUUUUUCCACAUUUUGUUACAUUACAGCCUUAUUCUAAAAUGGAUUAAAUAAAAAAGAAUCCUCAGCAAUUUACACACAAUACCCCAUAAUGACAAAGUGAAAACAGGUUUUUAGAAAGUUUUGCAAAUGUAUUAGAAAUACAAAACAGAAAUACCUUAUUUACAUAAGUAUUGAGCUCAGGUGCAUCCUGUUUCCAUUGAUCAUCCUUGAGAUGUUUCUACAACUUCAUUGGAGUCCACCUGUUGUAAAUUCAAUUGAUUGGACAUGAUUUGGAAAGGCACACACCUGUCUAUAUAAAGGUCCCACAGUUGACAGUGCGUGUCAGAGCAAAAACCAAUCCAUGAGGUCGAAGGAAUUGUCCGUGGAGCUCUGAGACAGGAUUGUGUCGAGGCACAGAUCUGGGGAAGGGUACCAGAAAAUGUCUGCAGCAUUGAAGGUCCCCAAGAACACAGUGUCCUCCAUCAUUCUUAAAUGGAAGAAGUUUGGAACCACCAAGACUCUUCCUAGAGCUGGCCGCCCGGCCAAACUGAGCAAUUGGGGGAGAAGGGCCUUGGUCAGGGAGGUGACCAAGAACCCGAUGGUCACUCUGACAGAGCUCCAAAGUUCCUCUGUGGAGAUGGGAGAACCUUCCAGAAGGACAACCAUCUCUGCAGCACGCCACCAAUCAGGCCUUUAUGGUAGAGUGGCCAGACGGAAGCCACUCCUCAGUAAAAGGCACAUGGCAGCCCACUUGGAGUUUGCCAAAAGGCACCUAAAGACUCUCAGACCAUGAGAAACAAGAUUAUCUGGUCUGAUGAAACCACGAUUGAACUCUUUGGCCAGAAUGCCAAGCGUCACGUCUGGAGGAAACCUGGCACUAUUCCUACGGUGAAGCAUGGUGGUGGCAGCAUCAAGCUGUGGGGACGUUUUUCAGCGGCAGGGACUGGGAGACUAGUCAGGAUCGAGGCAAAGAUGAAUGGAGCAAAGUACAGAGAGAUCCUUGAUGAAAACCUGCUCCAGAGAGCUCAGGACCUCAGACUGGGGAGAAGGUUCACCUUCCAACAGGACAACGACCCAAAGCACACAGCCAAGACAACGCAGGAGUGGCUUCGGGACAAGUCUCUGAAUGUCCUUGAGUGGCCCAGCCAGAGCCAAGACUUGAACCCGAUCAAACAUCUCUGGAAAGACCUGAAAAUAGCUGUGCAGCAACGCUCCCCAUCCAACCUGACAGAUUGAGAGGAUCUGCAGAGAAGAAUGGGAGAAACUCCACAAAUACAGGUGUGCCAAGCUUGUAGUGUCAUACCCAAGAAGACUCAAGGCUGUAAUCGCUGCCAAAGGUGCUUCAACAAAGUACUGAGUGAAGGGUCUGAAUACUUGUGUAAAUGUGAUAUUUCAGUUGUUUUUAUUUAUAAAUUAGCAAACAUUUCUAAAAUCCUGUUUUUGCUUUCUCAUUAUGCGGUAUUGUGUGAAGAUUGAUGAGAGAAAAAAAACUAUCAAUUUUAGAAUAAGGCUGUAACCUAACAAAAUGUGAAAAAAGUAAAGGGGUCUGAGUACUUUCCGAAGGCACUGUAUGCAGGUGUGUGAGUACACACUUAAACAUGGUCUCCUAUCCCCUCCUCAAUAUCCCCUAUCCCCGCCUCAAUAUCCUCUCUCCCCUCCUCAAUAUCCCCUCUCCUUGCAUUCAGUAAAAGUCCUCUCCAUCGAACUUAUCUUAUCCUCUGUAUCUCUCAUCCAGGCCACAUUCAAGCGGUACCAGUCAGAGCACAAAAUAAAGCAGGACUCUCUGGAGCGCUCUCAGACGGACCUGAAGAAGCUGCGGAGGAAGAGCCAGGGAAAACAAGCCACCAAGUACGAGAUCAAGGAGAACGAGGUGAGACUAGAACCAGAUCUUAAUUAAUCAAGGAGUACGAGGUGAGACUAGAACCUGAUCUUAAUUAAUCAAAGAGAACGAGGUGAAACUAGAACCAGAUCUUAAUUAAUCAAGGAGAACGAGGUGAGACUAGAACCAGAUCAUAAUUCAUCAAGGAGAACGAGGUGAGACUAGAACCAGAUCAUAAUUCAUCAAGGAGAACGAGGUGAGACUAGAACCAGAUCUUAAUUAAUCAAGGAGAACGAGGUGAGACUAGAACCAGAUCUUAGUUAAUGAAGGAGAACGAGGUGAGACUAGAACCAGAUCUUAAUUAAUCACUGCAAAAUGACCACAAAAAUCCCAAACAGAUACUGUAUAGUAUUUCACAAAAACAGAAUCAUUUCAAACCUUGAUUACAUUGGGAUACAAUCACCUAUACCUCUUUAUUUAUGAGUGGGAAUAUUUAUUCCUAAAUAUAUUCCUAAAUUAAAAUCACUUUCAGAAAACAUGGGUGGCCAAAUAAAAUAACCUGAAUUUGGCCCGCGGGCUACCUAUUGGUGAACCCUGCCAAAGAGGAUAUCAAAGAAAGACGUUUAUGAAGUUUGUCUUGAGAGUAAACCCAGGAAAAGUCAUAGGCCCAGCUGGCUCCUUGAUCUUGCCACACACCACAAGGAGGAAAAACCGUACAUAAAAGUGAGAGGGUGGAAGGGAAAUGAAUACUAAACAAUGUGCAGUAUCACCACACCUAUAGCUGUGGGCAGAUUCUUUGUGUUAAUGUCAAGUUGAGUGCCGUCACUGCCAUGUCCCUUCGCAUAAAACGAAAGGGAUCAAAUGCCUCUCAUCACAUUAGAAUGGACAGUGUGUUUUUGUGAAUGUGGGGAGUGGGAGCACUGUACACUCUAGCGUGAGGAUUGUGCUCUCAAGUGUUGACUGGCCAAGGGUACAGCCCACUCUGGAGUAUGAAGUGUGCACUUAGGAGUUGGUAGUUGGUCUGGAGUUGGUUGGUAGGAUACACUCACUGACAGGCUUCACAGGGUGUAGUGGGACUGGGAAAGGGUGAAGAGUUUAUACAUUUAAAAAUGUCCCCUUAAGUAGUGGUCCUCUGUAGCUCAGCUGGUAGAGCACGGCGCUUGUAACGCCAAGGUAGUGGGUUCGAUCCCCGGGACCACCCAUACACAAAAAUGUAUGCAUGCAUGACUGUAAGUUGCUUUGGAUAAAAGCGUCUGCUAAAUGGCAUAUUAUUAUUAUAAGUAGAGUAGACUUGGAGUAGCUCAGUUGGUAGCGCAUGGCGUUUGCAAUGCCAGGGUUGUGGGUUUGAUUCCCACGGGGGGCCAGUAUGAAAAAUGUAUGCACUCACUAACUGUAAGUCGCUCUGGAUAAGAGCGUCUGCUAAAUGACUAAAAUGUAAAAUGAGUGGUGUCGGGUAGCAUAUUUAGCCACUAACAGUAAUCAGAGAAUGCACAGUAAUAGUCUUCCUAACCAAAUACUUCUUUAUUAAAUCAAUAGGACAAGGUGAGAGAUGGGGCCUUGGAGAUGCUGUCUGUUGCUGAAACCCACUCUGGUUUGAUACAAGGCUGCCUGUGCAAUAAGUCCUCUUCCACUCCUGCUUUAUUGACCGGUUUAAUCGGCCCGAUGUUGAUAAGUGUCAGUGUGUGAGCUGUGUUUAUUUUUAGCAAGGGGCUCAAUAUAUUGAGCUGCAACACAUGUUCUAUUAUUAUUCUGACUGAAAUCCCAGAAGCACUAGCUAACUGGAGGUUUGGAAGAGGAGAAUAUUGUCUCUCUCUAUCCCAGAAGCGCUAGCUAACUGGAGGUUUGGAAGAGGAGAAUCUUGUCUCUCUUUAUCCCUGAAGCGCUAGCUAACUGGAGGUUUGAAAGAGGAGAAUCUUGUCUCUCUAUAUCCCAGAAGCGCUAGCUAACUGGGGGUUUGGAAGAGGAGAAUCUUGUCUGACUCUAUCCCAGAAGCGCUAGCUAACUGGGGGUUUGGAAGAGGAGAAUCUUGUCUCUCUCUAUCCCAGAAGUGCUAGCUAACUGGAGGUUUGGAAGAGGAGAAUCUUGUCUCUCUAUAUCCCAGAAGCGCUAGCUAACUGGAGGUUUGGAAGAGGAGAAUCUUGUCUCUCUCUAUCCCAGAAGCGCUAGCUAACUGGAGGUUUGGAAGAGGAGAAUCUUGUCUCUCUCUAUCCCAGAAGCGCUAGCUAACUGGAGGUUUGGAAGAGGAGAAUCUUGUCUCUCUAUAUCCCAGAAGUGCUAGCUAACUGGAGGUUUGGAAGAGGAGAAUCUUGUCUCUCUCUAUCCCAGAAGCGCUAGCUAACUGGAGGUUUGGAAGAGGAGAAUCUUGUCUCUCUAUAUCCCAGAAGCGCUAGCUAACUGGGGGUUUGGAAGAGGAGAAUCUUGUCUCUCUCUAUCCCAGAAGCGCUAGCUAACUGGAGGUUUGGAAUAGCAUAAUUUUGUCUCUCUUUAUCCCUGAAGCGCUAGCUAACUGGAGGUUUGAAAGAGGAGAAUCUUGUCUCUCUCUAUCCCAUAAGCGCUAGCUAACUGGAGGUUUGGAAGAGGAGAAUCUUGUCUCUCUAUAUCCCAGAAGCGCUAGCUAACUGGGGGUUUGGAAGAGGAGAAUCUUGUCUGACUCUAUCCCAGAAGCGCUAGCUAACUGGAGGUUUGGAAGAGGAUAAUCUUGUCUAUCUAUAUCCCAGAAGCGCUAGCUAACUGGAGGUUUGGAAGAGGAGAAUCUUGUCUCUCUCUAUCCCAGAAGCGCUAGCUAACUGGAGGUUUGGAAGAGGAGAAUCUUGUCUCUCUAUAUCCCAGAAGCGCUAGCUAACUGGAGGUUUGGAAGAGGAGAAUCUUGUCUCUCUAUAUCCCAGACGCGCUAGCUAACUGGGGUUUUGGAAGAGGAGAAUCUUGUCUCUCUCUAUCCCAGAAGCACUAGCUAACUGGAGGCUUGGAAUAGGAGAAUUUUGUCUCUCUUUAUCCCUGAAGCGCUAGCUAACUGGAGGUUUGAAAGAGGAGAAUCUUGUCUCUCUCUAUCCCAGAAGCGCUAGCUAACUGGAGGUUUGGAAGAGGAGAAUCUUGUCUCUCUAUAUCCCAGAAGCGCUAGCUAACUGGGGGUUUGGAAGAGGAGAAUCUUGUCUGACUCUAUCCCAGAAGCGCUAGCUAACUGGGGGUUUGGAAGAGGAGAAUCUUGUCUCUCUCUAUCCCAGAAGUGCUAGCUAACUGGAGGUUUGGAAGAGGAGAAUCUUGUCUCUCUAUAUCCCAGAAGCGCUAGCUAACUGGAGGUUUGGAAGAGGAGAAUCUUGUCUCUCUCUAUCCCAGAAGCGCUAGCUAACUGUAGGUUUGGAAGAGGAGAAUCUUGUCUCUCGAUAUCCCAGAAGCGCUAGCUAACUGGAGGUUUGGAAGAGGAGAAUCUUGUCUCUCUCUAUCCCAGAAGCGCUAGCUAACUGGAGGUUUGGAAGAGGAGAAUCUUGUCUCUCUAUAUCCCAGAAGUGCUAGCUAACUGGAGGUUUGGAAGAGGAGAAUCUUGUCUCUCUCUAUCCCAGAAGCGCUAGCUAACUGGAGGUUUGGAAGAGGAGAAUCUUGUCUCUCUAUAUCCCAGAAGCGCUAGCUAACUGGAGGUUUGGAAGAGGAGAAUCUUGUCUCUCUCUAUCCCAGAAGCGCUAGCUAACUGGAGGUUUGGAAGAGGAGAAUCUUGUCUCUCUAUAUCCCAGAAGCGCUAGCUAACUGGAGGUUUGGAAGAGGAGAAUCUUGUCUCUCUCUAUCCCAGAAGCGCUAGCUAACUGGAGGUUUGGAAGAGGAGAAUCUUGUCUCUCUAUAUCCCAGAAGCGCUAGCUAACUGGAGGUUUGGAAGAGGAGAAUCUUGUCUCUUUCUAUCCCAGAAGCACUAGCUAACUGGAGGUUUGGAAGAGGAGAAUCUUGUCUCUCUAUAUCCCAGAAGUGCUAGCUAACUGGAGGUUUGGAAGAGGAGAAUCUUGUCUCUCUCUAUCCCAGAAGCGCUAGCUAACUGGAGGUUUGGAAGAGGAGAAUCUUGUCUCUCUAUAUCCCAGAAGCGCUAGCUAACUGGAGGUUUGGAAGAGGAGAAUCUUGUCUCUCUCUAUCCCAGAAGCGCUAGCUAACUGGAGGUUUGGAAGAGGAGAAUCUUGUCUCUCUAUAUCCCAGAAGUGCUAGCUAACUGGAGGUUUGGAAGAGGAGAGUCUUCUCUCUCUCUCUAUUCAAUUUCAUGAUCUCUUCUUAAUGGCUUCUUGGUUGUAAUCUUGUUGUUAACCAUCUUUGUUUCAGCAUGUAUAUUAUAUUUGCCUAUGAAUGGCACCAUUUAAAAAGAAGGCUGUAAUCUAGUCUGAUAUUGGUAAAACUAAUAGACAGUAAUGUAUUGUGGCUUGCUAUGUGGACAGAAACUCCCUCCUCUUAUGUAGUGUGAAUGGUUUGUCACUGUCCUAUGAAUAUGAUACCUGUUGAUUAGAUAAGGGCCAACCCAUACACACUUAGUAGACAUGUAUCAGACUGUAUUUAGUUUUGAUCUACUGUGAUCUACUGUGAUCUAAUGUGGUUCAGUUGAAAUGGAUAGAAAUGGAUGAAAAAGAAAACAACCUGCUCACUCCAAAGUAAUGCAUAAAUACCUUUUAAUAGAAAGAUGAAGUAGCAUGGAUCUGUAAUGGAAUUUCCCCACAUCUGUAUUUUUCAAACCUCUACAGGAGAGCACACCUUACACCGGUUUUAAGGUCUCUGCACUGGCUGCCUGUGAGUUUUAGAAUUCAUUUUAAGAUUCUUCUAUUGGUUUUUUAAUCAAUCCACGAUUGUGCACCCCAAUACAUAUCAGACAUGCUUUUAAGUUAUGUACCCAGUAGGUCCCUCAGGUCCUCUGGCACUGGCCUUUUAACUAUCCAAAGCCUUGGACCAAGAGGCAUGGAGAGGCAGCCUUUAGUUACUAUGCCCCCAGCCUCUGGAAUAGCCUGCCAGAGAACCUGAGGGGGGCCGAAACUGUGGACAUAUUUAAAAGAGUUCUUAAAACAAACCUUUAGCUUUGCUUUUCCUUAGGGUGCUUUUUAGUCAUUCAGUUUUUAUAGUUAUUAUUUUGUAUUUUCUGUCCUCUUAUGUUUGUGUAGUAAAUAUUUCAGUUUUUAUUUUCAUUGUUUUUAUUAGUUUUUUUCCUUUGAAGCACAUUGCGUUGCAUUCCAUGUCUGAAAUGAAUAAAGCUUGAUUUGAUUUGAUUUGCUGCAACACCUGAGCUCAAUUCAUUCUCUCUCCGUAUGUCUGUCACUCUCUCUUCCUCCCCUCUCUCUUUCUCAGUCUUCCAGUCUUCUCAGUCUUCCAGUCUUCUCAGUCUUCCAGUCUUCUCAGUCUUCCAGUCUUCUCAGUCUUCCAGUCUUCUCAGUAUUCCAGUCAUCUCAGUCUUCCGGUCAUUUCAGUCAUACAGUCUUCUCAGUCUUCCAGUGAUUGUUUGCAGUAGAAAUUAAGCUUCAUAGUUUAGGCAGCGUGGCCCCAUCAUUAGGGGAAGAGAGAGAAAGAGAGUGAGAGAGAGAGAACUAGAGAGGCUACACAUUUAAAGGAGGGUCUGUGACUCCACCGCGAAACAAGAACCCUAGAGACUAAUCGUCUUUCACUGUCAUCAUGACAACUGGAAAAAGGGGAGAGAGGGGAGGAGGGGAGGAGGGUGAAACAGAGGGUGAGAGUUGUUUCAAAGAGGAACUGAGCUUUGUCUGUGUGUGAUCAGUUCCGUGGUCUGCUCUGUUAAGGUGUUUCAAUACUGAGUCAAUCCCUGGGAAGGCGGGUGUACUGCGUCCCAAAUGGCACCCUAUUCCCUAUAUAGUGCACUACUUUUGACCAUACACUACAUUGGGAAAAGGGGGCCAUUUGGGAUGCAGACACAGGUUCAUUCUGCAGAGUUAUUGAUAGGGAUGAUGGAUUAACAACAGGGGAUGAGAUGGAGACAGACAGAGCAGGGACUUUGAUUAGAAAUCUCAUUAUUCAACAUAAGCUCAAACGUGACCUGAACAGUUAAGCAAGCCGCUUUUUUCUGAGCAUGCAAUUACAACCUUACUGAAUGGUUUAACAGUCAGUCUCCUCAUCAGUACCCUUACGGAAAGAACACAUGAUUUAACAUGGAAUAUCGUGUUUUUGGAACACUUUAUAUGUGAUGAUAUUUCACAUAUGGAUUUUCACAAGUAAUCACAUAACCUUCCACAUCUGGAUUCACGUGAGAAUGUCACAUUCGUUUAAGGAUGGGUCAGACCAAGGCGCAGCGUGAUAUGCAUACAUGUUUAUUACAACGAUAAACACACAAACAAAACAACAAACCAACGAAACGUGAAGUCCUCAGGCUAAACACAAAACAAGCCUCUACACGGAACAAGAUCCCACAACUAAUGAUUGCCAAUAUGCUACUAAAGUAUGAUCCCCAAUCAGAGAGAAUGAGCGACAGCUGCCUCUGAUUGGGAACCACACCCGACCAACAUAGAAAUACACAACCUAGAAUAAGAACAUAGAAAAUACAACAUAGAACUCCACCCCCUGACUCAACAUACUAGAGUCCCAUAAGUCAGGGCGUGACAGAGAAUUCAAACAAACACACACAGUGUUUUAACAUACAUAUUUGACACACUUUAUUGUGUAUGUUUAUUUACAAAGUAAUUAUUAUUCAACAUGUUCUUACCUGGGAUUUGAACCCACAAUCUCUUGGUUCACAGCAUUCCGAUCUUCCUGCUACGCCACCAUGUCUGUAUCAGUAACUGAUUUCACCUGUAUUCCUACACUUUAGACUUUAAAUACAUCUCAGCGUUGUUGAAAAUACACUCAAGAAAAACUAUUAUAUUUAUCAUAAUGAUUCAGGAGUAACAUUAAAACAGAAUAAUAUGCCCCACCAACAUUAGACAACUAUACAAAAAACCCUCAAAUUGCUGAAAUAAGUAAAUAAAAUCAAUGAUGAGAGAAUAGUCAGAAUAACUGAUAACUAAAAUAGCAGUGCAGAUGGCACUCUGUUGCUAAGUGCAGAGAUGUACUAUAGGUAAUGAAUGUUUAGGGGGAUGCUACAGACUUGAUGGUGCAGCAGAUCAGCAUACCUCAAAUCCCAGGUCAUAGUUUAGCAGAACAGUGAUAACACAUGGAAUAUUUGGGGGCAUGGUCUAACAUCUGUUGUAUUUCUGCCAACCGUCAGUGGAACUGUUGUACCUGUUUAAGUGGUUUUAUGUUGAACACCUCUUUUAAAAUUGUCAGAUCUGCAGUCUUUGUAAGAACUUGUGACAAUCAAGAGCUGUACUGUUAAGAGGUUGCUGAACAUUUUCCAGUAGCUUAAUGGCAGUGUGUUCACAGGAAGGUUACUGGCAAGGAGUGCUAGUGGCAGCAAGUGUCCUGUAGGUUACAGGCAACAUUUUUCCAGGAAGUUGUGACUUUUACAAUAACUUACUGACAAGUAGUUUCCAGUUAAGAAAUGACAAAAUCACAGCAACUUCUGGCAACAAGUUGACAUUAAGUUAUUGUAAAAUGCACAAAAACCUCUUCCCAGUGCAGCUCAUUACUGACAUAUUCUCUUACAAAGUUUGCAGAACACACAGUGUCAAAGGAGGUGCUCUACUUGCAUGGGCAUAACCAUCAAACACGUAAACUGAGGGUUGGCACAAAUACACAUAUAUUUGACCACGCCCCCCAAAUAUGCUAAGGAGCCCAACAGUACAUUGCCCCCACCUAUCAACGCGCAGUGAUGAUCGUACCUUAUAUUCAAAAUAUUGGGUAGAAAAAUGUCCCAUUAUAAUUACAAGGUACCAAACUGUACCGUGUGAGUUCAUAUUUGUAUACCCCAGGGAACAACACUGUAGCAUAAUCUAACCAUACCCUUAUUUUUCAGUAUGUUCCAAGCAAUUAGUAUGAACCUGGUGGCACUGCAGAAACUUUGACGCACUUCCCACCAAGAGGUUGUAAGUUCAAAUCCCUAAAGAUUUGUGUCCUUGAGCAGUGCUAGUUUUACGUUGGUGUUGAUAAUUUGACAAUUAUUUACUUGAUUCUGGGCAGCUUUUAGCAAAGUGCAGAAAUGCAUUCUUGCCAAUAGGUCUGUGGCCAUAUCUCUUUCAUGCUCACAGAUCUUGUGGUGUAGCUGUACUGUAGCAGGACAUUACAGGUUGCUAGUGACCAAGAGGUUAUGAGUCCCAACUGUGGUCACAGUACAAAUUUUUAUUUACUUGAUUUUUACUGCAACUUUAGGCAAAGUGCAGAAAUGUAUUCUUGCCAAUCUCCAUUAUGUCCACAGGAACUUCAGGUAGCUAGCAACCAAGAGGUUGUGAGUUCAAAUCCCAAGUGAGGUUGAGUCCCAAGUAAUCAGCAUACAGCAGCAUAAUGUCCAUUAACAUUAAUACCUUAAUUUAGCUGUAAAAAUACAGUAACUAGUUGUAGAUUUUUACCACAACUAGACAAAAACCUCCAGAGGACCAUGACACAAUGUUCUAAAAACAUCCUUGGGGAUGUCCCUGGAAUAAACCCAGGAACUAGACGAAACCUACUGGGGACCAUUACUGUUUAAAUGUAAUGAAUGUCAAUUAUGCCUUUCAAUGUAAAAUAUUCUAAAUGACAUUUGUCACCUGGGUUUUCACGUGCUCAAAUGUUGUCACAGUAAUAUAGUGUAGUGUCAUGGUGUCACAUGUUGAGAUUUUGCAUCCCCAUGUUGUCACAUUUAUUUCACAGAGAUCAUGUUCUCAUGUGUUAUUACAUGUUGCUUCACAUGUUGUCACAUGUUAUCACAUUCAUUUCACAUUAAAUCACGAGAUCACGUGUUCACGUGAAAUUCAUGUGUUUUUUCCGUAAAGGGUAUUUGGAGACAAUCUCAGACAUAUACUGUUAACAGUAAUGACCUGUCCCCCCCUCCCCCAGUAUCUAACCCUAAAUGACCUGUCCCCCCCCAGUAUCCAACCCUUAAUGACCUGCCCCCCCCCCCCCCCAGUAUCUAACCUUAAUGACCUGUCCCCCCCCAGUAUCCAACCCUUAAUGACCUGCCCCCCCCCCCCCAGUAUCUAACCUUAAUGACCUGUCCCCUCCUUCUCCCCCUAGUAUCUAACCCUUAAUGACCUGUCCCCCCCCAGUAUCUAACCCUUAUUGACCCCCCCCCCCCCCCCCCCUUUACUGACCUGUCUCCCUCCCCUCCUCUUCCCCUCAGUGUAUGGCGACCAUCUCGUCACGGCAGAGUGACAUGCAGAAGUUCAUCGCUGACGGCUGCAGAGAGGCUCUCCUGGAGGAAAAGAGACGAUUCUGCUUCCUGGUCGACAAACACUGCACAUUCUCUUACCAUGUCACCGCCUUCCACGAGAAGGUACUGCAGUACUGCACGGAUGGGUCAUUUAGUUAACCUUUAGUUAACCUUUAAUUAUUUAGUUAACCUCUAGUCCUUCAGUCCUUUAGUUAACCUUUAGUUCUUUAGUUAACCUUUAGUCCUUUAGUUAACCUUCAAUCCUUUAGUUAAUCUUUAGUUCUUUAGUUAACCUUUAGUUAACCUUUAGUUCUUUAGUUAACCUUUAGUCCUUUAGUUAACCUUUAGUUAACCUUUAGUUAACCUUUGGUUAUUUAGUUAACCUUUAGUCCUUUAGUUAACCUUUAGUUAACCUUUAGUUAUUUAGUUAACCUUUAGUUAUUUAGUUAACCUUUAGUCCUUUAGUUAACCUUUAGUUAACCUUUAGUUCUUUAGUCCUUUAGUUCAACUUGAGUUAACCUUUAGUCCUUUAGUUAACCUUUAGUUAUUUAGUUCUUUAGUUAACCUUUAGUCCUUUAGUUAACAUUUAGUCCUUUAGUCCUUUAGUUAACCUUUAGUCCUUUAGUUAACCUUUAGUUAUUUAGUUAUUUAGUUAACCUUUAGUCCUUUAGUUAACCUUCAAUCCUUUAGUUAACCUUUAGUUAACCUUUAGUUAUUUAGUUAACCUUUAGUCCUUUAGUUAACCUUUAGUUAACCUUUAGUUAAUCUUUAGUUAUUUAGUUAACCUUUAGUUAUUUAGUUAACCUUUAGUCCUUUAGUUAACCUUUAGUUAACCUUUAGUUAACCUUUAGUCCUUUAGUUCAACUUGAGUUAAUCUUUAGUCCUUUAGUUAACCUUUAGUUCUUUAGUUCUUUAGUUAACCUUUAGUCCUUUAGUUAACCUUUAGUCCUUUAGUCCUUUAGUUAACCUUUAGUUAUCCUUUAGUUAACCUUUAGUUAAUCUUUAGUUAUUUAGUUAACCUUUAGUUAUUUAGUUAACCUUUAGUCCUUUAGUUAACCUUUAGUUAACCUUUAGUUAUUUAGUUAACCUUUAGUUAUUUAGUUAACCUUCAAUCCUUUAGUUAACCUUUAGUUAACCUUUAGUUAUUUAGUUAACCUUUAGUCCUUUAGUUAACCUUUAGUUAACUUUUAGUUAAUCUUUAGUUAUUUAGUUAACCUUUAGUUAUUUAGUUAAUCUUUAGUCCUUUAGUUAACCUUUAGUUAACCUUUAGUUCUUUAGUCCUUUAGUUCAACUUGAGUUAACCUUUAGUCCUUUAGUUAACCUUUAGUUCUUUAGUUCUUUAGUUAACCUUUAGUCCUUUAGUUAACCUUUAGUCCUUUAGUCCUUUAGUUAACCUUUUGUCCUUUAGUUAACCUUUAGUUAACCUUUAGUUAAUCUUUAGUUAUUUAGUUAACCUUUAGUUAUUUAGUUAACCUUUAGUCCUUUAGUUAACCUUUAGUUAACCUUUUGUCCUUUAGUUAACCUUUAGUUAACCUUUAGUUAACCUUGUCUUAAAGGUAGAAUCAGUGGUAUGGCAUCAUCAUACACAGCGAGGAGAAUUCCUACUUAGUCACAUCAACAACAACAGACACUAUUGGUUGUCCUAGAUUUGUGCCCUCCCUUGAGGCAUUAUGCCCACCUUGGGGCUUAAAUGGCUGCUCCUCCCAACCUGGCCAUAUAAGUCACUGGUUACCAGUGUUGGGAUUAAAAUGGAUUACAUUUUUAUUUUUUUUCUCUCAUCAAUCUACACACAAUAACCCAUAAUGACAAAGCAAAAACAGGUUUUUACAAUGUUUUGCUAAUUUAUAAAAAAUAAAAAAUGGAAAUAUGACAUUUACAUAAGUAUUCAGACCCUUUACUCAGUACUUUGUUGAAGCACCUUUGGCAGCGAUUACAGCAUCGAGUCUUCUUGGGUAUGAUGGUACAAGCUUGGUACACCUGUAUUUGGGGAGUUUCUCCCAUUAAUCUCUGCAGAUCCUCUCAAACUCUGUCAGGUUGGUUGGGGAGCGUGGCUGCACAGCUAUUUUCAGGUCUCUCCAGAGAUGUUAGAUCGGGUUCAAUCCCAGGCUCUGGCUGGGCCACUCAAGGACAUUCAGAGACUUGUCCCGAAGCCACUCCUGCAUUGUCUUGGCUGUGUGCUUAGGGUCGUUGUCCUGUUGGAAGGUGAACCUUCGCCCCAGUCUGAGGUUCUGAGAGCUCUGGAGCAGGUUUUCAUCAAGGAUCUCUCUGUACUUUGCUCCAUUCAUCUUUCCCUCGAUCCUGACUAGUCUCCCAGUCCCUGCCGCUGAAAAACAUCCCCACAGCAUGAUGCUCCAGAUGUGACGCUUGGCAUUCAGACCAAAGAGUUCCAUCUUGGUUUUAUCAGACCAGAGAAUCUUGUUUCUCAUGGUCUGAGAGUCUUUAGGUGCUUUUUGGCAAACUCCAAGUGGGCUGUCAUGUGCCUUUUACUGAGGAGUGGCUUCCGUCUGGCCACUCUAGCAUAAAGGCCUGAUUGGUGGCGUACUGCAGAGAUGGUUGUCGUUCUGGAAGGUUCUCCCAUCUCCACAGAGGAACUCUGGAGCUCUGUCAGAGUGACCAUCGGGUUCUUGGUCACCUCCCUGACCAAUGCCCUUCUCCCCCGAUUGCUCAGUUUGGCUGGGCGGCCAGCUUUAAGAAGAGUCUUGGUGGUUCCAAACUUCUUCCAUUUAAGAACGAUGGAGGCCACUGUGUUCUUGGGGACCUCGUCACAAUCCUGUCUCGGAGCUCUACGGACAAUUCCUUUGACCUCAUGUCUUGGUUUUUGCUCUGACAUGCACUGUAAACUGUGGGACCUUAUAUAGACAGGUGUGUCUUUCCAAAUCAUGUCCAAUCAAUUGAAUUUACCACAGGUGGACUCCAAUCAAGUUGUAAAAACAUCUCAAGGAUGAUCAAUGGAAAGAGGAUGCACCUGAGCUCAAUUUCGAGUCUCAUAGCAAAGGGUCUGAAUACUUAUGUAAAUAAGGUAUUUCUGUUUUUUAUUUGUAAUACAUUUGCAAACAUUUCUAAAAAAAACUGUUUUCGCGUCGUCAUUAUGGGGUAUUGUGUGGUGAUUGCUGAGGAUUAUUUUUUAUUUAAUGCAUUUUAGAAUAAGGCUGUAACGUAACAAAAUGUGGAAAAAGUCAAGGGGUCUGAAUACUUUCCGAAGGCACUGUAUACUGUAGGCUUACAUCUGUACAGAUUUCAUGUAUUUUCAUUCAGUAUCUUUCUCUCGAGCCACCAGUUCUGGUUAUAGACCGCACGUACACAGACCCAUAGAGAUGUAUAGAGGGCACACUUGCCACUAGACGGGAAAUCCCUCUAUGGGCUUUGCUAUCACAGAAGCAAUCAAUGGCAAAGAUCAGAGGUGCACCCUCUAUACCUUUCUAUGGGCAGCAGCUGUAAUGACAUUUCUCCAAACAGCCUUUCUCCGCUUGCUCGAGAACUGCUCGAGAACUAAAUGAGGAAACAAGUCGAUAUCGGAUCAUGGAAUCACCCACCCGGUAGAGAAAUGAUUCUGAAAGUACAUUGUUUGACAAAGUAACUGUAGUAAUAUUACCCAAUUUGAAAAAGUAACACGUGACUUUACUCCAUUACUCGUAAAAGUAACGCGUUACCCCCAACACUGCUGGUUAUGAAUGCUUUAUAAGCUUUAUUAUGCCUUUAUAACCUGUCUGUGUCUAUCUGUAGGCCAAAGAGCUGCUGGCAGUGAAGCUGCCCAGCUGGCAGGAUACAUGCAAAGAUGCCACCAAGGUCCCCGACACAGUAUUGACCAUGCUAGAGGGGCUCCGCACCCCCGUGUCUGGGACCCCAGAAGCCUCUCCUCUCGUCGAACACUACAACAGGGUGAGUGGGACGUCAGAUUGUGAUGUUAUGGCAGUUAUUACAUUGUUGUUACAAUGCUAUUACAAGAGAAGGACAACAUAUAAUCAUUCACCUCUUUGCUUGGUUUCAAGACUUGCCUCUUCUCAUAAAUGUGACCGACUGGCUCGAUUCGGUCUUACAGUUGAAGUCGGAAGUUUACAUACAACUUAGCCAAAUACAUUUAAACUCAGUUUUUCACAAUUCCUGACAUUUAAUCCUAGUAAAAAUGCCCUGUCUUAGGUCAGUUAGGAUCACCACUUUAUUUGAAGAAUGUGAAAUGUCAGAAUAAUAGUAGAGAGAAUGAUUUAUUUCAGCUUUUAUUUAUUUCAUCACAUUCCCAGUGGGUCAGAAGUUUACAUACACUCAAUUAGUAUUUGGUAGCAUUGCCUUUAAAUUGUUUAACUUGAAUCAAACGUUUUGGGUAGCCUUCCACAAGCUUCCCACAAUAAGUUGAGUGAAUUUUGGCCCAUUCCUCCUGACAGAGCUGGUGUAACUGAAUCAGGUUUGUAGGCCUCCUUGCUCGCACAUGCUUUUUCAGUUCUGCCCACACAUUUUCUAUAGGAUUGAGGUCAGGGCUUUGUGAUGGCCACUCCAAUACCUUGACUUUGUUGUCCUUAAGCCAUUUUGCCACAACUUUGGAAGUAUACUUGGGGUCAUUGUCCAUUUGGAAGACCCAUUUGCGACCAAGCUUUAACUUCCUGACUGAUGUCUUGAGAUGUUGCUUCAAUAUAUCCUCAUAAUUUUCCUUCCUCAUGAUGCCAUCUAUUUUGUGAAGUGCACCAGUCCCUCCUGCAGCAAAACACCCCCACAGCAUGAUGCUGCCACCCCUGUGCUUCACGGUUGGGAUGGUGUUCUUCGGCUUGCAAACACCCCCUUUUUCCUCCAAACAUAACGAUGGUUAUAAUGGCCAAACAGUUCUAUUUUUGUUACAUCAGACCAGAGGACAUUUCUCCAAAAAGUACGAUCUUUGUCCCCAUGUGCAGUUGCAAACCAUAGUCUGGCUUUUUUAUGGCGGUUUUGGAGCAUUGGCUUCUUCCUUGCUGAGCGGCCUUUCAGGUUAUGUCGAUAUAGGACUCAUUUUACUGUGAAUAUAGAUACUUUUGUACCUGUUUUCUCCAGCAUCUUCACAAGGUCCUUUGCUGUUGUUCUGGGAUUGAUUUGCACUUUUCGCACCAAAGUAUGUUAAUCUCUAGGAGACAGAACGCGUUUCCUUCCUGAGCGGUAUGACGGUUGCGUGGUCCCAUGGUGUUUAUACUUGCGUACCAUUGUUUGUACAGAUGAACGUGGUACCUUCAGGCAUUUGGAAAUUGCUCCCAAGGAUGAACCAGACUUGUGGAGGUCUACAAUUUUCUUUCUGAGGUCUUGGCUGAUUUCUUUUGAUUUUCCCAUGAUGUAAGCAAUGAGGCACUGAGUUUGAAGGUAGGCCUUGAAAUACAUCCACAGGUACACCUCCAAUUGACUCAAAUUAUGUCAAUUAGCCUAUCAGACGCUUCUAAAGCCAUGACAUCAUUUUCUGGAAUUUUCCAAGCUAUUUAAAAUCACAGUCAACUUAGUGUAUGGAAACUUCUGACCCAUUGGAAUUGUGAUACAGUGAAUUAUAAGUGAAAUAAUCUGUCUGUUAACAAUUGUUGGAAAAUUACUUGUGUCAUGCACAAAGUAGAUGUCCUAACCGACUUGCAAAAACUAUAGUUGGUUAACAAGAAAUUUGUGGAGUGGUUGAAAAACAAGUUUGAAUGACUCCAACCUAAGUGUAUGUAAACUUCCGACUUCAACUGUAUGUAGAAACAUUUGAAAUUGUGUUUUUUACAUUGGAUAAAAGUAGAGACUCAGAGCUAGAAAAUUGUAUAUCAUACACUACAGUUGAGGAACAAUGGGAAAGUAAUUCUGCUUUGAAAGUUGAUAAACUUGUAACCCCACUUUUGAGAAAAUGGCCCUUGAAUGUUUUGGUACCUUCUGGAGAGCUCUUCUUUGUCUACACCCAUUCAGCAUUAUUCACACCGUCUUAAGCCUUAGCCCCACCCAUCUCUUCAAUGGUUCACAUGUGAGGCCAUGUGAGGCCGUUAACUGGCUAGCCAGUUCAAAUAAUGACCAUAUCAUAUAGCUGAGAACAUCUUAACUUUAGCUAAUUUGUAUUCAUUAUUACAGGAAAAUAAACUCACAAGUUAAUGGCAAGCUAAUUACAGAAAAUAGCUUACAGUUGUGAGUGUGACGAAAUAAAAGCAGGGCAUUCUACCGGAUAAUUUUAGAACUUGGACACUGUCUUGUUGGCCUAACGUUAUAUUCUAAUUUGACUUUUGUGCAGGUCAUGUUGUUUUUCACAUUACCGUCUCUGGUAAACACACACUAUAUCAAAUAAAAUCAAAGUUGAUUUGUCACAUGCACAGGAUACAGAAGGUGUAAACGGUACAGUGAAAUAGUGGAGUCUUUUGUUUAGACAUGUAGCUAGCUAGCUAACUAAACAAUUAACUCAUAACGUUACUACCCUGCAUGAAUCUGCAGGUAGCUAAAGCUAACCAACUAGGUUCAGUGUUAGCUAGCUAGUUAACAUUAGGCUAUAACUAGCAAUGAAAAUGACUUUUUGAGAAAAUUAGAAACUUAUAAUGUCUGAAAAUAUAGCUAGCUAGACUCUCUUACCAAUAUACAUAGAUGGACGCUUCUCCCAUUCUGUCCCGGAUGCCAUAGUUCUCCAUAGUUUGAAGAUGCAAUCAAACGCCAGAAUUUUCUCCAUCUCCUUAGCUAUCAUACUCUGCUUCCACCGGGCAUUCCACUGAUUUCACAACUCGGUUCUCCAGAAAGUGGAGAACAUUAGCAACACUUUUGCAAUUCUUCGUGAUAUCUUUCAAAAAAGCCACGUUAGAAAGGAUUACCUACACACAUACUGAGCAGCUUAUGUUAUAGACAGAAGCGUGCUACAUGGCAGACCAACCCAAACUCAUCUGUCGGCAUGUCCAGCCCAACCAUUAUCUCAGCCAAUCAUGGCUAGUGGGAAGGUUCCUGUCUUUUUCCGUGGCUAAACCAACUAUACUCGUAAUUUAACAAUUGUAUUCAUAUUUACAGAUGGCAUACAAGUUUUUUAUUAAGGCAGAUGAAAGUUCCAGAAGGAAUUUCUGCCCCCCAAAAACUCAUUUUGAUCAAAAAUAAAUGUUUAUGUUCAAGUAGUGACGCGCAACAUACGCCUAGUUUCCUGAAACUAGUCACAAAUGGUAUUUACUCUUUUAGAUGCAUUGCAUGUACUGUGACUUUCAUGUUUUAUGUUUUCCUCUGUCCUCAGAACAACGGGGACUCGAUGAUUCCCCCACCAGCCCCCCAGCUGAAGGCCCAGAUCAGUCCACUAGCUAACAUGUUCAACCAGUACGUCCCCCACGCCUCCAUCACAUCCACAUCUACAUCAGACCACAUCUCAGGUACUACUGCAGCUUCAGUCUUUGGAUUGAAGUUUGAAUGUGUGUAGUUGUGUGUGUAGUUGUACUCUGUAUCAAAAAUGUGAAAAUAUAACAUGUUUUGGUAGCUGUUAGUUUAUACAGAGAUUAUGUUUAGCUUUACAGAGUCCCAUACCUCUUUCCCCAUGUAAGUAUGCUGCCUUUCGUAAUCUGAUCUAUACAAAUUGAUUAAAAAGAAUUUAGUGGCUGUCCUAAUCUACAUGUAAUCUCUUGUUUGGGAAUAUUUGAUAUUGUGCACUGGGGCAUUAUUGAGUAUGUCUGCUCGACAGAAUAUAUACAGACAUCUUAAAAGAAGGUUCAGGGCGGCAUCUUAAUUCCCUUCAAGGUGUGAUGCAUGUAUUCUGCUAAUGUAUCUGUUCUUACUUCAUCUAGCAUUUGUUCUCCAUGUCUUCUCUUAUUGAAUGUCUAAAUUAUACAGAAGAUUCUGCUGCAAAACCAAUUCCCCUCUUUACUGAUGCAAUAGUUGUUCUCCGUGUGGCCAUUUAGACCAGGGUUAUAAAUCACUAGCUAUAAGCCAUGUCUCCUUCCUCCCCAAUAUACUUAUCCAUGUAUCAUUUUGAACUCUGCUAUUGUAAAUAUCAAAUGUUUCAGAGAGUACUUGCUGUCUUUCUGAAAUUUGAUAAUAAAAAAUAUUGAACUUGAACUUUGACCUUCCAGACCAGGGCAGUAUGGAGGACAGUGGCAGCCUGUCUCUGGGGUCAGUGUCGAUGGGUUCUGUCCUGAACGUGGGCAGGAAGCCACGGGUCAGGACCAUCUUCCCCCACACGGCCGGCAAAAACGACACACUCCUGUCCUUUGACGACGGUGACAUCAUCAUACUGCUCAUCCAGGAGGAGAAGGACGGAUGGCUAUACGGGGAGCUGGAGAAGACCCGGCAGUAA